AUGCAAUAAUCCCAUUUUUAUUACGAUAUGUUCAAAAUCAUAUCAUUACUAUUUUAGUAGGAUCUAAUUAAUAAAUAAGAGAAGGAUGAAUUGAAAUGUACUUCAAUUUUUAAUGUUAGUUAUGGUACUUGAAUCUCAAUCUGAAUUGAUGUUUUAACUGCAGGCCAUUUAUCGUUCAUCUGUUAAGGGAAAAUAAUUACAUAUGGUCCAUGCGAUCAAAAAUUAUAUAGAUUCUCAUAGAUAAGGUUCUCCAAGAAAUAGUUCGCCCAGAUCAUCAAGAUAUUUGGAAGCUUCUCGUAUGUGGAGUAUUUAUGAAGAGAAUGAAGAAGAGGAAAGAGAUAACGAAAUUAAAUUGAUAGGAAUUCGACGCUGA